AUGCGUCGCGGCAAGAUGGGCAUCGGCGCCGUCAAGUGGAAGCAGGAUCAGAAGAAGGCAUAUGAGGAGGUCGGGACGCAGCUCACGCAGAGCCACCUCGUGCACGUCCAGGCGCAGCUCGACGUCUUCAAGGCGAACCUCGAGGCCUUCGCUGUCAAGUACAAGACGCAGAUCAAGAAAGACCCGGCAUUCCGCAUGCGCUUCCAGGUCAUGUGCUCCAAGAUCGGCGUCGACCCGCUAGCGUCGCAGAAAGGUUUCUGGUCCGAACUCCUCGACAUGGGCGACUUUUACUACGAGCUGGGCGUCCAGAUCAUCGAGGUGUGCAUCCUCACGCGGCCUAAGAACGGCGGCCUCAUCCCAAUCCACGAGCUCCUUCGUCUCCUCGACAAGAAGCGGGGUCCGCGCAUGCAGCGCAUUUCUGAGGACGACAUCAAGCGCUCCGUGAAGAAGCUCAAGGUGCUCGGCGAAGGCUUCCAAGUGAUUGAACUCGGCGCCAAAACGAUGAUCGUCACGGUUCCCGUCGAGUUGAGCCAAGACCACUCGGCCAUCUUGCUUCUCGCGCAGGAAGCGCAGGGCAUGGUCACGACGGCUCUUCUCGCGGAGAAGCUUCUCUGGGACGUCAACCGCAGCACGAUUGCCCUCAACGUCCUCCUUCGCGAAAGCAUGGUGUGGGUCGACGACCAGAACCCGGGAGCGCCCGCCUACUUCUUUCCAAGUAUCGCAAUGGGCUCGCAAGCCGGUACAGCGUGA